UGGGCGCCUGCGGCGUGACGCGAGCACGGCAGCUCCGCCCCCUGCGUCUCUGGCCUUGCCGGCCUUGGGGGGAUGGUUCCAUCAUGGCGUCAAUGCAGAAACGACUACAAAAAGAACUGUUGGCUUUGCAAAAUGACCCACCUCCUGGGAUGACUUUAAAUGAAAAGAGUGUUCAAAAUUCAAUUACACAGUGGAUUGUAGACAUGGAAGGUGCACCAGGUACCUUAUAUGAAGGGGAAAAAUUUCAACUUCUAUUUAAGUUUAGUAGUCGAUAUCCUUUUGACUCUCCUCAGGUCAUGUUUACUGGUGAAAAUAUUCCUGUUCAUCCUCAUGUUUAUAGCAAUGGUCAUAUCUGUUUAUCCAUUCUAACAGAAGACUGGUCCCCAGCGCUCUCAGUCCAAUCAGUUUGUCUUAGCAUUAUUAGCAUGCUUUCCAGCUGCAAAGAAAAGAGACGACCACCAGAUAAUUCUUUUUAUGUGCGAACAUGUAACAAGAAUCCAAAGAAAACAAAAUGGUGGUAUCAUGAUGAUACUUGUUGAUGCCACUGUUAUCGUCCUCCUAACAGAAGAUAGUCCUACUGAGAAAAUGAGCACUUUGAUCAUUCAGUCUUUGAACUUUAACCUUUGACUGGAAGUGACCUAUAGGCAAUGAAGACUACUUCCUUUUACCGCAUUUUUACUCGUGUGCAUUCUGGGCGCAUGUUGAUCGCUGGUUCAGUCCAAGCAACUGACAUGCUUUUAUUAGUCAUACAGUAUUAAUGCAGGUGUCGGGAAAUGUCAAAUAUAAUUCCAUUUUUUAUUUUUAUUUUUUUAAGCUUUUGGAAAAUAUUCCAGGUCCUCACGUAUUGUGCAAUAACAAUGACUUCCUUGGCGGUUUUGGGACGUUCAUUGCCGGCAAUGGACGUUGUAACAAGAAAAAUUUUCAUUAACUCCUGCCACUCAAUGAUUAAUGCAUGAUAGGGCCUAUGAAAUGAACUUAUCAGUUAUAGUGGGAUUAUAAAUAAAGCGAGGGAUCCAACAUUACUUUGAAACUCACCCCAACUGUUAAUAUUUGGAUUCUAUGCACUGUGAUCCUAAGGUUAAUAGCAUGAAUUAACAUGCAUCUUUAAAGGACUGUAAUGAAAGAUCAUUGCGUAUUUAUUUAAUUGUUUAUAUCUGCUGUCAAAUUGUUUUGACAUGGAAGGUUUUCAAGUAACAUUGGCAGAGAGGUACAAUAUGUUUAUCCCUAUGGUGAAAAUAAAUUCAUUUGUUGUAUAUAGUUUCUCAAUCUGAAGUAAAAGUAUGAGUAAUAUAGAGUAUGAAUGGUUUAAUCAAGGCUUUAUUUUGGGAGUAAGAAAAAUGGCAGUGAUGAUUAAAUUGCUGCAGUCCAUAACUUGGGUUUGUUAUUUGUACAUUAAAGAUUUUUUCCAAGUAGAUUACACUCUGUUACUUCCUACUAGCCAUCAGCAUGAGCCCUACUGCCUACACACUUUCAUUUAUUUAUGUUUGGAAAAUCCAUAAACAUUUUUGUUUGCAAUCUUGUUUCUGUUAUGUUUAAGUCAAGUUUGAAUGUUACUUUAAUUGAAAAACUUCUCUCGUCUUUUCUUGUAAAUUUUCUUUACUUGUAAGUAUCAUCUUGUUCUUCAAUCCUGUACCAUAAAAUAAGAAAUACAUUUUUGACAGAGGCUUAAUGUUUUAACAAAAGAGUGUGGACAUUUUUAUUUUAAAAUUUAGGCAGAAGUACACUAUAAAAUGGUAUGUUUGCUUAUUUGUCUCAUACAACCACAGUUUUUCCUGGAGGGGUUGUUUUGUUUUGCUUUCUUGUUGAAAAGACUUUGCUUAACAGCUAGAUGAAAUUUUUCUAUAGGAAAAAAAAUUGUUGAAAGGUCCAAUUCUCAGUACCACGUAAGUUAAUGAUACUACAAGUAGGUUCUCUUUUUAAAAAGUGAUUAAUGUAUUUUAUAAAUUACCUUUUCACAUAUGCAAAAUCUGUUUCUACUACAGUGUUAUUUUUACUAAUGCCUUAUUGUUGCACUCUUUUUGAAAUAUCCUUCAGUGAAUAUAUGAAUCAAUUUAGGCUUUAAAAGCCAGUUGGCUGAAAGGUUUGAAAUAUGUACCCCAAUAAAACCAUCCAAUCAAUAAUUGGUAAAGAAUAUUUAAAAAAUCGUUUUUAAUCUCUGUAUAGAUGACAUUUUGUAGCUUUGUACGUGUUGUUAUUAAGGGCAUAUAAUUUUACACUCUAAAAGUAUAAUCGCUGAACUCAGGGGUGGGUAGACGUCAAAAAUAUGUCUGCUAUAGAAAUAACUUGAAAAAAAUUAAAACCAUGGCCAGCCACAAAAUUUUGAACAUUAUUUAUACUGCUAGUUAGCAACUACCACUUUCUAAAAAUUAUGAACAUUUUUGUUCUGUCUUAACUAGGUAUACUAAGUUCUCACAGUGAUCUCUAUCAGUUUUAUUAGUUGACAUGUUUAACCAAAACAGAAAAUCUUUGAGUUACUCUUAGUUUUUAACUGCUUUUAGUAUGAAAAUUGCAGCUGUAAAUUAUGUAUUUUCAUAUUUUACAUAACUGCUCUAAACUAGUGAUUGACGUUAUCUUUUGUUUGUGGGGCCGGGGAAGAAAUAAUCUCUCUCCAUAUUGCAGGUUCUCUUACUAAAAUCCUUUUAUGAAGAAAUGACCUGUGACAUUUAUUCACCAAAGGAAUUAAUAUACCAGGUCAAAGAUUAACAACACUAUACUAUAGAUUAAUAGGUCAUAGAUAGCCUCAAUUGAGUUUUUAAUAAUAGGAUCUUAGCAUACCUCUCUCUACACAUAGAUAUCAUAAAAUAAAAUGAAGUGAGGAAAAUAGAGGAAAACCAAAUAAUUUUGGUACAAUUUAUCACUUAGAAGAAAAGAUGAAAUAUCCUGAAAUAUAGGAGCACCAAUCAAAGUUUGUGAUUAUAUUAACAUUACUCCCUUGAAUUUAGGAAUCAUUGAAGACUCCUUUGCACUUAGAUUUAAUUAUUAAAUUAAUUUUAUAUGUAAGUUACGUUAUUAAAAGGUUUUUUUUGAGAUUGCUCUACAGAGGGCAAUUAAUGGCUUUGUAAUAAUAAAAAGAAUAUUUCUCUGUUGUUGAAAGACAACCAGAAUACCAAGAAAAUGUACAUAGGAACAUGCUACUUUCCUCUUCCCUGCAUUCCCUCCAUGGAGCACUAUUUGCUGCAUAGGCGUACAGAAUUAUACAUUCAUACUUAGAAGAUAUGUACUCUCUUCUUUUUUAUUUAUUUAUUUAUUUAUUUUAGGCCAUUCUUCUGGUUUGCCAAAUUCUGUUAAGACAUUCAGUUCCUUAUUUAUGCAUGCUUAGAUCAUGAACCUGAUACCCUUUCAAAAAUUUUUUUUGUAGAGAUUAAUGCCAUAGGUUUUAAAGAGAAAGGUUGUUUUCAGUUUUUAAGAGAAAUUUUAUAAAUACAUUUUUAUGGCUGUUCUCUUAAGGAAUUAAUAUUUACUUAUAAAGGACUUACUUGUAAUGUGUAAUUCCUUCUUUUAGCCAGCAGGGAAAUAAAGCAAUUUUAAUCCUCAGAAGAAAGUGCUGAAAACAGCUUUUAUAUAGUCAACAGUUCAACUGGAGAAAGUUCUUAAUCCUUAUUGUUUUGAGUAGGUAUCUAAAUAUUUGGUAUAAAGUAACUAGAAUAGUUUAUUACUUAUUCCCUUCUAAAAUUUUAAAUAUAUGCAAAUAUAUAUCAUUAGAUUUCUGUGGUGGGUAAUAGUUUCUUCAGAUUCUAAAACAGGUAUCCAGUGACUGCUUAAUUGUUCCCAGAUUGCAUCAAAGAUGAAUUGACAAAUAAUGGAAAUGAGUAAAGAUGAAAAUGAUAUGUAACUACAUAUUACUUGUUUCUGGUAAUCAAAUCUAAUUUUUUAAAAAUCUUUUUGAGAAUUAAAAUAUUUAAAACUUGUUAAAACUUCUUCCUAAAAAUAGAAGAGGAGGUACUUUGUGUUCAGAAUUUUUUUAAAUAAAGAAUUCAGUGUCACUAGUACUAAGCCUUUAUGGUUACUGCUGCUUAUAUUUCUCAAUCUCACUUUUAUUAACUUUUGUACAUAUUUAAGCUGAAUGCUUAAAAUUCAUAAUUAUGUAUAAUUGUGUAUGUCAAUUGGUUUUCAAAGGUAACUGAGGCUUAAGCAUAUUUUUCUUAGGAUUCAUUAUCAAAAUCAGCUACUGCACUGUUCUGUGUUACACUAAUGCCUUUAAUGCCUUUGCAUGAUUGAGAUCUGUCAAGAAGGGGUCUUUUAAUCUGUACCAUUUGGUCCCAGUUCUCUUUGCCGUUCUUUUUUUCUUUUUUGGAUCUCUUUUACUUUUCUUCCUUCCUUCCUUUCUCUCCUACAGAUGUCCAAUGUAUCAGUCUUCAGCAGUUUCCUAUUCUGACUUCUAAAUUAUCCUCAUUCCCUCCUCCCCCCCUCCCCUCCUUCCUUUCUUCCUUCCAGUUAGUUGAAUCCAGAGAAGGAAGAUUAUUAAAAUUUCCUCAGAAAAUUUUUUAAAAUUUAAAAAGACUCUCCUACAAAUUAAAAUACAUGGAAUUUCUCAUACAUAAUUUCAGUUUAUCAGUAGGCGGUUAAAUUUGUUGAAUAAUUGACUAUUUGAUAAAUGUGUUGUUAGCUCAUUACUUCGAUACUAAUAACAAGUGAAUUUUGUUUGUUUACUUUUUGUGCAGGGACUAUCUCAAAGCCUAAUUAUUGCCCAAAUGAGUCAAAUUAUUUGUGCUUUGAUUUGAAUUUCUAAGCUAUUUUUAGAUGUGGAAUUUUUUUUUUUUUAAAUAAUUUUUGGGAGACUUGCUUUCUUAAAUGGUACAUUAAUUUAAAAACAGGCUUAUAUACAUUACUAUCAUUAGAAGCACAUCUAAACAUGUACUUCAAGCUUAGCUCUGUAUCCUGAAAAUUGAAGUUAUGGUUCUGACUAUGAUUCUGGUAAGUGAGUUGUUAAUUGUAAUUUUAAUUCUUAGAUGUCAGUAUAUGAGACUUGUAUUGGGUGAUGAGUCUCCAGAUGAUUACAUGACUUAACCUUUUUUUAUGAGAUAAUUUUUGUUGCUAAAAUAUAUUUGGAGCUAGUAUGUGGAAAGAAUGCCUGAAUAGAAGUUAGUCUGAACAUACCUCAAGAACUGCAGUUUUAUGUUUUUUUGUUUUGCUUUGUUUUAGUGGCUGGCCAGUACAGGGAUCCGAACCCUUGACCUGGGUGUUAUCAGCACCAUGCUCUAACCAAGUUGAGCUAACUGGCCAGUCUCUGUUUUACAUGUUGAGUGAAGAGUUGACUGGGAAAAAUAGAUCGAGUUCUUGUUCUAUUUCUUGGCACAUAUGCUGCCUGGGUUUUAAUAAAAGGUUGAUCAUAUGAUAAUUCUAUGCUGUUUUAUCAAAGGUAAAAAGCAUGAUUUCAAAACUUACUGGGCUUUGACUUAAGUGAGACAUUGCCCGUCAGAUUUCCUGGUAUAUGGAGAGAUUGAAUAAUCCUGCCUCUCUUUUAAAGCUUGGAAUAGGACUAGUAAGGAACUUGUUAGGUUUUUCAGAUACCAUGAAAAUGUAAGUCUCUAUAGUUAACCACAGAUUGUUUAUAUAAAUGCAAAUUGACUGUCGGCCUCAAAGUGAAAUAAUUAUUUGAGUGGAUUAUUGGAUUCUUGGAUACCUAGUAGCCAAGAAUCAAGUGCAUGUUCAGGUCAAAAUAAAUUUGUUCAUUUUAGUUGGUACCAUUUUUCUCUCAAUAUUCAGAAAUAUAGAUUGUGCAUUUUAUUAAUAGGAAUGGAAGCUCAUGCUUGAGGAUUUGAAUAGGGUGGAUGUAUAUAUUUUAUAAGUUCAAGUUGCAAAAUAUGUAAAGCUACUUUUUCAAUAGAACAUAAAUGUUAAGACAGACAAAUCUGUGUUAUAUAUUUUUAAAUACAUGUAUCAAAUGUUUGUUAGUUGAAUAUAGAUUACUUCAUGUGCUUUAUGGAAUUCAGUAACUUAAUAAUAAAGAGCUGUCAUUUGUUUUUUUCCUGCAGACUUGAAUACUAAAUUGGAUAGAUACUAGACCUCUUUGUACUUUAUAAUAAUGUAAAACUAUUUGUAUAGUAGUUUCUCUUUACAAAAGACUGUGAUCUUUAAAGGAUUGUGGAAACAGUAACAUGUUCAUUUACAAAAUGAAUACAGCAAAAUAAAGAGUCACUAAAGCCACUUUUUAUUUAA